GCCCGCCCCCCGCCCGCCGCCCGCCGCCAGGGAGCCGCCGCCGCCGCCGCCACCACCACUCCCGCUCUCUCUGCUCCGCCGCCGCCGCCGCCGCCGCCGCCACAGGCUGAGUCUGCAGCCCCGAGAUCUCAGCCAUCAUGUCGAUAGAGAAGAUCUGGGCCCGGGAGAUUCUGGACUCCCGUGGGAAUCCCACGGUGGAGGUGGAUCUCCACACUGCCAAAGGUCUUUUCCGGGCUGCGGUGCCCAGUGGAGCCUCCACUGGAAUCUAUGAGGCCCUGGAGCUGAGGGAUGGGGACAAACAGCGUUACUUAGGCAAAGGUGUCCUGAAGGCAGUGGACCACAUUAACACCACCAUCGCUCCUGCCCUCGUCAGCUCAGGUCUCUCUGUGGUGGAGCAGGAGAAGCUGGACAACCUGAUGCUGGAGCUGGAUGGGACUGAGAACAAAUCCAAGUUUGGGGCCAAUGCCAUCCUGGGUGUGUCCCUGGCCGUGUGUAAGGCAGGGGCGGCCGAGAGGGAGUUGCCCCUGUAUCGCCACAUUGCUCAGCUGGCGGGAAACUCGGACCUCAUCCUGCCCGUGCCGGCCUUCAACGUGAUCAAUGGUGGCUCUCAUGCUGGGAAUAAGCUGGCUAUGCAGGAAUUUAUGAUCCUCCCAGUGGGCGCUGAGAGCUUUCGGGACGCCAUGCGACUUGGGGCUGAGGUCUACCACACACUCAAAGGGGUCAUCAAGGACAAGUACGGCAAGGAUGCCACCAAUGUGGGAGAUGAAGGUGGCUUUGCCCCCAACAUCCUGGAGAACAGUGAGGCCUUGGAGCUGGUGAAGGAAGCCAUCGACAAGGCUGGCUACACAGAAAAGAUUGUCAUUGGCAUGGAUGUCGCUGCCUCGGAGUUUCAUCGUGAUGGCAAAUAUGACUUGGACUUCAAGUCUCCUGCUGAUCCUUCCCGAUACAUCACUGGGGACCAGCUAGGGGCCCUCUACCAGGACUUUGUCAGGGACUAUCCUGUGGUCUCCAUUGAGGACCCCUUUGACCAGGAUGAUUGGGCUGCCUGGUCGAAGUUCACAGCCAAUGUAGGGAUCCAGAUUGUGGGUGAUGACCUGACAGUGACCAACCCAAAGCGUAUCGAGCGGGCAGUGGAAGAAGGGGCCUGCAACUGUCUGCUGCUCAAGGUCAACCAGAUUGGUUCAGUCACUGAAGCUAUCCAAGCGUGCAAGCUGGCCCAGGAGAACGGCUGGGGGGUCAUGGUGAGUCAUCGCUCAGGAGAGACCGAGGACACAUUCAUCGCCGACCUGGUGGUGGGGCUGUGCACAGGCCAGAUCAAGACUGGAGCCCCGUGCCGUUCGGAGCGUCUGGCUAAGUACAACCAGCUCAUGAGAAUUGAAGAAGAGCUGGGGGACGAAGCCCGCUUCGCCGGACAUAAUUUCCGCAAUCCCAGCGUGCUGUGAUCCCUCUCCUUGCCCGGAGACUUGGAACCCCUCUCCCAUCCUCCCAGAACCUCUUUCUUCCUGUCCUGCUCUGUGACAUCUCACCCUGCCCCCCCCCCCCCAGCCGACCUGCUGCGCUGUUCCUUGGCUUGUCCAGCCCCUGCUGUGUGCUUUCCCCUCUUUGGGUUCCACACUCUCCACUUCUCUGUCCUUUCUAUUCUGUCUCCUUAAACACUGGCCAUGGGACUGAGGAUUACAAGGGAGUCCAUGGAAGAACAGUCAGGGUCUGGGACAGGUGCAUCAGGGUUGGUUGGCGAGGUGUGUCCGGGGGGGGGGGGGGGGGGGGCGUGUGUCUGUUUUCUGUGUUGCGCAUGAGCUGUGCGUCGAGGUGGAGGGGCGUGGUGGAGGGGCGUGCUGGCUGUGUGCGCAUGCCUGGCCCGGGCCUUUAGUGGAUUAUUUAUUCAGUUAUUUAUUGUUCAUUCGUCUUAAUUAAUUCAUCAUUUCUCCAUAACUCCGGAGUUUAAACCUGGCCUGACCGGAAGAGGUGUGUGUGUGUGUGUGUGUGUGUGUGUGUGUGUGUGUGUGUGUGUGUGUGUGUGUGUGUGUGUGUGUGUGUGACGUGG